AUGCUUAGAUGUUUAACAAAUCAUAAUAACAUUGCAGCUUUCUUUAGUUCAAAAUAUGGUCUUAAUAUCAAAAGGUCUACUAUUACUAGAAUUCUAUCACAGCAAAAGAAAUGGCUCUUUUCUGAAACUUCUACAAUUGUAAAGCAUCGUGAUGUCAAUGAAGCUAAAUCUGUACCUCUGGAAUCUUUAGCUGAAGAACACUUAAAAUUACAAGAAUUAUUAUCAAAAUAUAAUUCAGAAGAUGUUUAUAAUGCUGAUGAAAUUGAACUUUUUUUCAAAAUGGCACCUAAUCAAACUUUAGCAAAACAAAAAAGAACAGGAAAAAAAUUGAUAAAAGAAUUUAUAAAAAAUUAA